AUGCUUGCUCCUCCUACUACUAAGAUUCCAUCCAUCACACUCGAUGCCGACCUUGUGACGGAUUCUAUGGCCGCCAGAUUGUGCAUUAGCUUGGUCGGCCAUGUUCUAUUUUUGAAGAGUCAGGUUCCUUUUCCUGUCAUACAGAUGGCACGGAUGCCUGGUGGCGAUACCACGUCUAGAGCUGCGAAGAAGCGUCAGGAGCUCCUCAAUUCAUUUGAUACCCUCGCGUCACACCUCAAUACAACAUUUACAGCCCUCUCUACGGCGUUUGCCUACCACAGCGGGACAAAAGAUCCUAGAAGUUCCGGUCGUGCCUACCUCGCAGUUGUUCUUGGUCCCACACCUGGAUCUGCAAAAUGCAGGGUAAUGGUUGGUGUGGAUGCUCUGGAAGCGAAAGUCUGGGGAGAACGAGAUGAUCGCUUGGAUGCCCCAUCUGGACGUCAGGGAGAGGAAGCAGAGGAUGACGACGAGAAAAGUGAUAGGGAGGACGAGUCUCACUCAGACUCCGACUGUGAUGGCGACACCGACUCAAGCGAAUGCGGUGACAGUGAUAGCAGUGAUAGUUUGUGCGAUGAAGAAGCUUCGGAGACGGAAUCUGAAAAAUCUUCUCAAGCACCCUCCCCACCACCAUCUAGAACACCUUCUCCCUCUUCUUCUCCGCCUCUACCAUCACACCUACUGCCUCCAACUUAUGCUCAAGAACUCGAAGCCCUCCGCACCGCCGAACGCCUGCUCUCUCGCACACUUGCAAGCGCAUGCGGAGAAAAUGAUGGGCAGGGCAUGGCCAGCGAAAUGGCUCCAACUCAGACGCACAUAGUGCUUCGUGCUCCGCGAAAAUUUAUGCACCCGGCGUGGGUACCUAAGCAAACACUCAGUGGUACUUUUGACGCACUGCUAGACCAGUUUCUUGAGGAAUCUGGAGAACGUCCAACGAGAGAUGAUGUUAAGAAGAGAAAGAAAGGCGGAAACGUGGAAGGUGUAUGGAUUCGCAGCCGACAGAGACUAACCGAAGAUUCAGAGAUAAUAUCGAGCGAAGAAAUUCCAGAAGAGGACGAGAUGAUUUGGUGGACAUGGGACGGGAGGCUCGUUGGCUUUGCGGACUGGUAA